CUGUCAAAAAAUGUACGAAUUAUUGUAUGAUUUUAAAUAUUUUUAUCAAAAUUAUGUUUCGCAUUGUGAGAUCUUGUAUAUUAUAUCAAAAUGUUCAUUAUCUCGAUGAAAAUAUAUUUAAAAUAAACUAUUGCGUCAGAACCGCUGUGAGCUUGUCGUACAAAGUGAUACAACAGAUUGUUGGUACUCCAAACGACAUUCCGCCACCUCUUUGUAUAUUACACGAUUUGUUGAGUAAUAAAAAGCAAUGGAAUAGCAUUGGGAAGACCAUUAACAAUUUGACGAAGCGGCCAGUGGUUAUAGUUGAUCUUCGAAAUCACGGCAUGAGUCCACACACCAGCUCGCUCAAAUACGAAGAAAUGGCUGUCGAUGUUCAGAAUUUAUUAAAGAAAUUAUCGGUAGAUAAAGCUUUCUUCCUAGGACAUGGAAUCGGUGGUAAAACUGCGAUGUGUAUAGCAUUAUUGGCGCCUCAAGUAGCAGCAGGAAUUAUGAUAAUUGACGUGUCACCGGCAUCAUCACCUAAACAAUUCGAAGUGUUAUAUUCAGAAAUAUUUACUAUAAUGAAGAAAAUAACUUUUAAAAAUGAGACGAAGUUAGAAUCUACACAAGCUAGAGUAAAGAAAGAACUAAAAGAGUCCUUAAGUGAUGACCUCGUAAUGGAUUUGAUACUUUCUAAUGUGGUCCUGAAAACAGAUUUAACUAUAGGCUGGACAUGCAAUCUUGAUGUUUUAAUUAAAAACUUUAAUAAUAUGGCCUUAUUCCCGAAAAAGUUAAUAGGAAAAUCGUAUUAUGGACCUACUCUAUUUAUCGGUGGCCAGUUAUCGGAAUAUUUGCCACCAGAUGAUUUGCCAACAAUUCGUGAUUUUUUCCCUUCAGCAGUUAUUACAUAUUUGCGAAGCACGAAUCACAAUUUACACUUGGAAGACACGAGAGGUUUUCUUGAAAUAAUUAUCCCCCGCAAUGGAAAUAUGCUAUACAAAAAUAAUUUCGGAUUAUUUUUAAAAAUCAAAAGUAUAAAAAAUUUAAUUAGAUCAGUUGUUAAUGUAGCGUACAGGGUUCACGGUAAACAGGAUUUCGCAAAUCCAAUUAUAGUUCUUCAUGGCUUAUUGGGGUCUAAAAGGAAUUGGGAAAGUAUGUCGAAAAGGAUAGUUCAUUUAACAAAUAACACAGUAAUAGCUGUGGAUGCUCGUAACCAUGGCGAUAGCCCUCAUCAUCCUAGCCAUACUUACCCUGAACUGGCGGCUGAUCUGAAAAACCUUAUGGACUCAUUAAGUAUCAGAAAGGCGGACUUCAUUGGUCACAGUAUGGGAGGAAGGACUGCUAUGGUUUUGGCACUUACUGAGCCAGCGAGAGUAUCGAAGUUAGUCGUGGUGGAUAUUUCUCCGGUGUCGACAGCAGGUGCACUAAAUGACUUUAUUCCGAACGUCUUGAAUACGAUGAAAUCGAUUAGCUUCGAUGGAAUUAAAGAUAUGAAUAAAGCAAAAGCAUAUGCGAAAAAGCAACUACAGUCGAAAUCACUCAAUGCAGAUACUGUUGGUUUUAUUUUAAUGAAUAUUGGAGUCACACCAUACAAAACAGUGGGAUGGUCUAGCAAUGUUGAAGUGUUAAGUAAACAUUUCAUGGACAUUGCUACUUUUCCUAACAUGUCAGGGAAAACUUUUCCUGGUUUAACUUUAUUUCUCGGAGGAGGGAAUUCCAAUUAUAUCCCAUCAACAGAUCUGAAUGGAAUCAAGGCUUUUUUUCCGAAAGCUGAAUUAAAGUACAUCGAAGGCGCCGGUCAUAAUGUCCACGCCGACAAUCCAGCGGAAUUUUUAAAAAUUGUAACACGUUUUUUAUUAUUGAAUUAAAAUAUAAGUAAUUUGAAUUUGUUCACUA